AACCAACAACUCCUUCUUCGGAGGAACUGAGAGUACCACAGAAUUGGAGGAGAGAAACGCCAUAAGAUUUUUCGUCUACUGCUAGCUUUCUGACUCCGAAACAUAAAGAUAGUGCCGAAAACUGCCAGAAGGCGGCGGUUUGUUGUUCACCGAAUAUAUAUUUGUAGUUUGGAUUUGCAAUGUGGUGAUUGGUGAAGUGGAUGUACGCGAAAUGCCAUUUUCAAAUCGAUAUACAUAGAUAUACAAGUAUUGGCACUUAAUUUGUACUAAAAGCGGAAGCGUAUAUUUUUUGAUGAGUUGAAUAGUCCUGUCGAUAGUCUAUAUUGUCUAUAUGAUCCCUGGUACGAAGCUCUCAUUGAGAACCAGAACAUGGCUGUCUGCUUCGUGCUAUCAGCGUAGAUCCCAAUAAGCAGUUUCCAAAUUGCGUAAUCUUAAAAUUAUAAGUAAAAUAAUUUUUGAUAAAUAUUGAAAUAUCCUCGAAGAAUCUUUGAGGUUCCUCAGCACCAUGCCUGCGAUUGGAAGGAAGCAUAUCGAGCUUGCCAUGAAAUGGUUACCAUCAGCUGCAACGUAUGGUACUGGAGCAGGUUUGACUUUGCUUUAUUUCACUGACUGGAAAUUAGUCCUUCAGUACAUGCCAUACUACGGAGGAAAAUUCAAAGAAUAAUUAAUACAGAUUGAUAGAUAAAAAAUACUUAUAAGCCUGAAUGAUGAUUUAAAUAAAUUAAUUGUUGAUCAAUAAAAGCAUUCUUGAUUUCAUUUCAA